UGAAUGGGCGGCCUGGUACUGCGUGACGCGACGGGAAAAGGGGGAGCUCGCGGCCGGUGGCGGCGGCGGCGACAGCGGCGACCCGGGGAUCGAGCUGGAGGGACCUGGGGAGCGUGCCGAGACCUCUCGCUCGAGCGCGAAGACCUCCCGCCGGGAUGCCUGGGGAGCAGAUGGACCCUACUGGAAGUCAGUUGGAUUCAGAUUUCUCUCAGCAAGAUACUCCUUGCCUGAUAAUUGAAGAUUCUCAGCCUGAAAGCCAGGUUCUAGAAGAUGAUUCUGGUUCUCACUUUAGUGUGCUUUCCCGACACCUUCCAAAUCUCCAGAUGCACAAAGAGAACCCCGUGUUGGAUGUCGUGUCCAAUCCUGAACGGACACCUGAACAGGGAGACCAUAAUAGAGGGUUCAAUGAACAUUUGAAAGAAAACAAAGCGGCAGAUCCUGCGGAUUCUCCUCAUUUGGAUACAUGUAGUUCCAUCAGUCAGGUCAUUGAACCCUUACCUCAGCCAAAUAGGACAAGCAGUGUUCUGGGAAUGUCACUGGAAUCUGUUCCUGCGGCGGGAGAAGAGAAGGAAGAAGAGUUGCAAGAGAAGGGGAAGGAGGACGUGGAAGCGGACACUUCAGAUGAUACCACACACUCCCUUGGUGCUGAAGAUCCUGCCUCAUCACAGCUGGGCUUUGGGGUCCUAGAACUCUCUCAGAGUCAGGAUGUUGAAGAGCAUAUUGUCCCAUAUGAAGUAGACAAAGAACACCUACAGUUACUAACCACCAACUCUGGUUAUGGCAGGCUCUCCUGUGUGGAUGCAGAUACUGCAGUUAAACAUGACGGGCAGCGCAGUGAAGGUACCCCUGUGGCGGAACAGCCCAGCAAGGACGCCCCUGUGACCCCAGAGCCGGGUAAAGUGGUGCAGGUGGUAGAAGAGCAAAGUCCAACACCAGCAAGGUUAGAAGACCUGCCAUCUAGUCCUGGAGUGUCUCACACUGCUACGGAAACAAAAGAACAAACAUCUGCUCAAGACCUUCUGGAAGGUGGAUUACAGAUUCAGAAAUCACCAGAGCCUGAGGUUUUGUCAACUCAGGAGGACUUGUUUGACCAGAGCAAUAAAACAGUAGCUUCUGAUGGUUGCUCUACUCCUUCAAAGGAGGAAGGUGGAUGUUCUCCGGCUUCCACACCUGCUACCACUCUGCCCGUCCUGCAGUUUUCUGGCCAGAGGUCCCUCAUACAGGAGAGUCUGUCUACGAAUUCCUCAGAUCUUGUUGCUCCUUCCCCUGAUGCUUUCCGAUCUACCCCUUUUAUCGUUCCUAGCAGUCCCACAGAGCAAGAAGGGAGAAAAGACGAACCAGUGGAUAUGUCAGUGUUGACUGAGAGCGGAGUGGAGCCUUUUCAGAACAAACUCCAAGCCAGCGAUCCAGUGCAAAUAGAAAACACGUCUCUCCCCCCUGCACGUACUGUGUCUCCGCAAGCAUCAACGCCGGUGUCUCAGAGCACGCCCGUGUUUACCCCUGGCUCCCUUCCUGUCCCGUCACAGCCUGAGUUUUCACAUGACAUUUUCAUUCCAUCGCCAAGUUUGGAAGAACGAUCAAAUGAUGGGAAGAAAGGUGGAGAUCUGCAUAAUUCAUCUUUGACUGUUGAGUGUUCUAAAACUUCAGAGACUGAACCAAAGAAUUCCACUGAGGAUCUUGGGCUCUCUUUGACGGGGGAUUCUUGCAAGUUGAUGCUUUCUACAAGUGAGUACAGUCAAUCCCCAAAGAUGGAGAGCUUGAGUUCUCACAGGAUUGAGGAAGAUGGGGAAAACUCGCAAGUGGAGGAUACUGAACCCUUGUCUCCAGUUCUCAAUUCAAAACUUGUUCCUGCUGAAAGUGAAAGUAUCCUGAUGAAUCCAGCACCAGGUGACCAAGUAGAACUCAGUCAGAAUGAUGACAAAACAAAAGGAGGUGACACAGAGAACAGGGAUGACAUCAGCAUUUUAGCUACUGGCUUCAAAGGCAGAGAAGACACUGUAACAGAAGACAUUUGUAUCGAUCUCACUUGUGAUUCAGGGAGUCAGGCGGUUCCUUCUCCAGCUACUCGGACUGAGACGCUUUCUAGUGUCUUAGAUCAGGAGGAAGCUAUGGAAGUUACAGAGCACCAUCCGGAGGAGGGGUCUUCGGAGUCUGAGGUGGAAGAAAUCCCCGAGACUCCUUGUGAAAGUCAUGGAGAGGAGCCCAAAGGGGAAGACACAGAGAGCGUUCCCUUCCACCUCUCCCUGACUGAAACUCAGUCCCAAGGACUGUGUCUUCAAAAGGAAAUCUCCAAACAAGAGUGCCCAGAAGCUAUGGAAGUUGAAACCAGCGUGAUUAGUAUUGAUUCCCCCCAGAAACUGCCAGCACUUGACCAGGAACUAGAACAUAAGGAUCAGGAAGCUUGGGAGGAAGCGACUUCUGAGGACUCCAGUGUUGUCAUUGUAGACGUGAAGGAGCCGUCUCCCAGAGCUGACGUUGCUUGUGAACCUUUGGAGGGAGUGGAGAAAUGCUCAGAUUCUCAGUCCUGGGAGGAUGUUGCUCCAGAAAUAGAACCAUGUGCUGAGAAUAGAUCAGAUCUCCAGGAAGAGAAGAAUGUAGAAUAUGAUGGAGAUCUGAAAUCAGUGACUACAGAAAAGGAACCUGUAGGGGAAGACUCUGCGCACCCCCUGUUGCCUUUAGUGAGCGCAGACGAGCCUCCCCGGCCUGACCGGAAGGUGCAGCAGCCUCAGCUUCAAGAGAAAACAGACAGUUCGCUAACAGAAGACUCCAAAGUGGCUAAUGCACAGCAGCCAGGCUCAGGUGGAGAGGCCGGGCAGCCCGAGAAGGCCUCUGCCCACGCCUCACAGAGCUUCUGCGAAAGUUCUAGCGAAACCCCAUUUCAUUUCACUUUGCCUAAAGAAGGUGAUAUUAUCCCACCAUUGACGGGCGCAACCCCACCUCUCAUUGGGCACCUAAAAUUGGAGCCCAAGAGACAUAGUACUCCUAUUGGCAUUAGCAACUAUCCAGAAAGCACCAUAGCAACCAGUGUUGUCAUGUCGGAAAGCAUGGUAGAGACCAACGAUGCUAUACUUGGGAGUGAAAAAGGGGAUUCCGGGGCUGCCCCGGAAGUGGAUGAGAAACUGUCUCUAAGAAUGAAAUUGGUCAGUCCUGAAACAGAGGCCAGUGAAGAGUCUUUGCAAUUUAGCCUGGAAAAGCCUUCAAGUGGUGAAAGAAGAAAUGGUUCUGCUGCUGUUGCUGAGGCUGUUGCCAGUCCCCAGAAGGCCGUGUCUGUGUUCAGCUGCAUCUGUGAAGCCCGACAAGAGGAGAAGGCUGGAGGUGAGGAGCUCCCUGCUGCCCCCGUCAGGGGCAACUUGCUUCAUUUUCCAAGUACUCAAGAAGAAGAGAAGAAAGCAAAACUAGAGGGUGACCAGAGGAUUAGGGAGAGUGAACAGCCCGUGAAGGCGGUUAGUCUUCUCCAGGACCCCGCGUCUCCUGCCUCUCGGCAGACAGCCUCACAGGAGCCGUGCAGCCCACGAGGAGAAGCCAUGGAGACAGACGCACAGGACGGCCAGCAGGAAGAACAGGACGCCCACCAGGAAAAGCCCAGCAAGGCCUUGGUUGAAAGGCCCAUCCAGAACAACAUUGGAAUCCAGACCCUGGAGCAUUCCUUCUGGGCCCCAGAAACUGUGUCCGCAGCAACCCAGACUGUGAAGAACGUGUGUGAGCAGGGCACCAGCACUGUGGAGCAGAGCUCAGGGAAGCGAGAUGCCACGGUGCAGACGGAGAGGGGCAGUGAGGAGAAGCCUGUCGGCGCCCCUGGGGAUGACACAGAGUCCCUGCACAGCCAGGGAGAAGAAGAGUUUGAUAUGCCCCAGCCUCCACCCGGCCACGUCUUGCAUCGCCACAUGAGAACAAUCCGCGAAGUGCGCACCCUCGUCACCCGUGUCAUCACAGACGUAUACUACGUGGACGGAACGGAAGUGGAGAGGAAAGUCACUGAGGAGACCGAAGAGCCAAUUGUAGAGUGCCAGGAGUGUGAGACUGAAGUGUCCCCCUCGCAGACGGGGGGUUCCUCAGGUGAUCUGGGGGAUAUCAGCUCCUUCUCUUCGAAGGCAUCCAGCUUGCAUCGCACAUCGAGCGGGACAAGUCUCUCAGCCUUGCACAGCAGUGGCAGCUCAGGGAGAGGAGCGGGACCACUGAAGGGGAAAACCCCUGGGACAGAACCGACAGAUUUUGCUUUACCCAGCUCCCGCGGAGGCCCAGGAAAACUGAGUCCUAGAAAAGGGAUCAGUCAGACAGGAGCACCAGCGUGUGAGGAGGACGGUGAUGCAGGCCUUGGUGCCCGACAGGGAGGGAAGGCUCCAGUCACACCUCGCGGGCGCGGGCGAAGGGGCCGUCCGCCCUCUCGGACCACUGGAACCAGAGAAACAGUUGUACCUGGCCCGCUGGGCAUAGAAGACAUUUCACCCAGCAUGUCGCCAGAUGACAAAUCCUUCACCCGAAUUUUGCCCCGCGUACCCGACACUGCUAGAAGAGAUGUGGGUGCUGGUGCUUUGCGACGUAGCGACUCUCCAGAGAUACCUUUCCAGGCUGCUGCUGGCUCCUCGGAUGGCUUAGAUUCCUCUUCUCCAGGGAACAGCUUUGUAGGGCUCCGCGUUGUAGCCAAAUGGUCAUCCAAUGGCUAUUUUUACUCUGGAAAAAUCACGCGAGAUGUCGGAGCUGGGAAAUACAAAUUGCUUUUUGACGAUGGGUAUGAGUGUGACGUGUUGGGCAAAGACAUUCUCCUGUGCGACCCUAUCCCGCUGGACACUGAAGUGACUGCGCUGUCAGAGGAUGAAUAUUUCAGUGCAGGAGUGGUGAAAGGACAUAGGAAGGAGUCCGGGGAGCUGUACUACAGCAUUGAAAAAGAAGGCCAAAGGAAGUGGUAUAAGCGAAUGGCUGUCAUCCUGUCUUUGGAACAAGGAAACAGACUGAGAGAGCAGUAUGGGCUUGGUCCGUACGAGGCAGUGACGCCGCUCACAAAGGCGGCAGACAUAAGCUUAGACAACUUGGUGGAAGGUAAGCGGAAACGGCGCAGUAACAUCAGCUCCCCAGCCACUCCUACUGCCUCCAGCAGCAGCAGCACAACCCCUACCCGGAAGGUCACGGAAAGUCCUCGGGCCUCCAUGGGAGUCCCGUCAGGCAAAAGGAAACUUAACACUUCAGACGAGGACCGGUCCCCUGCCAAGCGAGGCCGGAAGUCUGCCACUGUGAAGCCCGGUGCAGUCGGGGCAGGAGAAACUGUGAACCCCUGUGAGAGCGGAGACAACAUAGCUGAACCCUCUGUCCUGGAAGAGCAGAGGGGGCCUCUGCCACUCAACAAGACCUUGUUUCUGGGUUAUGCCUUUCUCCUCACCAUGGCCACAACAAGUGACAAGUUGGCCAGCCGCUCCAAACUACCAGAUCUCCCUACAGGAAGUAGUGAGGAAGAGGAAGAAUUUUUAGAAAUUCCUCCUUUCAACAAGCAGUACACAGAGUCCCAGCUUCGAGCAGGAGCUGGCUAUAUCCUUGAAGAUUUCAAUGAAGCCCAGUGCAACACAGCCUACCAGUGUCUCCUAAUUGCUGAUCAGCACUGUCGAACCCGGAAGUACUUCCUGUGCCUUGCCAGUGGGAUUCCUUGUGUGUCUCAUGUCUGGGUCCAUGACAGCUGCCAUGCUAACCAGCUCCAAAACUACCGUAAUUAUCUGUUGCCAGCUGGGUACAGCCUUGAGGAGCAAAGAAUUCUGGAUUGGCAACCCCGUGAAAACCCUUUCCACAAUCUGAAGGUCCUCCUGGUGUCGGAUCAGCAACAGAACUUCCUGGAGCUCUGGUCUGAGAUCCUCAUGACUGGAGGCGCAGCCUCUGUGAAGCAGCACCACUCAAGUGCCCAUAACAAAGAUAUUGCUCUAGGGGUGUUUGACGUGGUGGUGACAGACCCUUCGUGCCCAGCCUCCGUGCUGAAGUGUGCUGAAGCAUUGCAGCUGCCUGUGGUGUCACAGGAGUGGGUGAUCCAGUGCCUCAUUGUUGGGGAGAGAAUUGGAUUCAAGCAGCAUCCAAAAUACAAACACGAUUAUGUUUCUCACUAAAGAUACUUGGUCUUUCUGGUUUUAUUCCCUGCUAUUGUGGAGAUUGUGUUUUAACCAGGUUUUAAAUGUGUCUUGUGUGUGGAUUCUUUGCAUGGAUCUUGUAUAUAGUUUUAUUUGCUGGACUUUUAUGAUAAAAUAAAUGUUGAAUCUCUUUGGUUGUA